UUUAAUUAGAAUUUUUUUAAGCCAGGCUUUAUUUAAUCACUAUUAAUUAAUAUUUAAUUUUUUGACUUACUUAAAUAUUUUAGGAAAUGUUUUUAAUUACCAAGCACUUAAAGACUUCUGAUCAACGCUUGGAUCAUGUUAAUAAGAAACCAAUGUCACCGUUUGCUAAGUUCCGUGAACUUGAUCGUCAAAAUAGCUCCAGUACUCCGAGUACACCAAGGACACCAGGAACGCCCAAAGAAUUUACAUUUAAGUUUACUGACCCGGUCGUUCAGAAUAAUGCGGUCCAGAUCAAGGAACGAUUGCUAUCUUGGUGCCGGGCGAAGACUAAAGAGUAUGAGAAUGUUCAGAUAGACAAUUUUUCUACCAGUUGGAACAAUGGUCUGGCUUUUUGUGCUCUUCUUCAUCAUUUCAAGCCAGAAGCUUUUGAUUACGACAAACUCAAGCCGGAAAAUCGAAGGAAAAAUUUUACUCUGGCGUUUGAAAAAGCUGAAGAAAUAGCAGGAAUAGUACCUCUUUUGGAUGUCGAAGACAUGGUUGUGAUGCGCAAACCCGAUUGGAAAUGUGUUUUUACUUAUGUCCAAUCAAUUUACCGUCGCUUUAAAGACGAAGAUUAAUUACUCCUAAUAUUAAUAUUAAUAUAACUAAUCAGAAAUUUAUAAUUUUAUAAAUGUAAUGUACGAGAAGCGUGCAUUUAAACAAAUAUUAAUCACCAGCUGAUUUAUU